CACACUUAAGAAAGAUUCCUUUCCUACGCACUUCCUCGUCUACCUUUCCAACAACUAUCUAAUCACAUAAUUGCCUAAUUACAAUCUCCGGAAAUAAAAUAGAAGAGAAAGUCGGGGUUUGAAUUAGGGAAGGAAGGAAGGGUUACCGGAAAAUCUUCCGAUGGAAGCAACCAAGCGGAGAACAAUUCAGUCCUCGGUUUCGAAGCUGAGCUCUGUCUCCGAGCAAACCAGAGCCGCCGCGUUGGCCGAGCUCCGGCUGAUCUCCAAACACGACGCCGAUAGCCGUCCGAUCAUCGUAGACGCCGGAGCGGUACCGUACCUCGCCGAGACUCUCUACUCUGACUCGCACGAAUCGCAGGAAAAUGCCGCCGCGACACUCCUCAACCUCUCCAUCGCCACCAGAGAGCCUCUCAUGGCCACGCGUGGCCUCCUAGACGCGAUCUCUCACGCGCUCCGCCACCACGACACCACCACCUCCUCCGCCGCCGUUCAAUCAUCCGCCGCAACGCUUUACAGCCUCCUGAUAGCCGAAGAGGCGUAUCGGCCGAUAAUCGGAUCCAAACGCGACAUCGUCUUCUCGUUAAUCCAUAUAAUCAGAUCUCCGAACUCGCAUCCGCGAUCGAUCAAGGAUUCCCUCAAGGCGCUAUUCGGGAUCUCUCUGUACCCGAUGAAUCGAUCGACGAUGAUCUCUCUCGGCGCCAUUCCAGCUCUUUUUUCGUUGAUCGUGAAGGAUUCGCGGUUGGGGAUCGUGGAAGACGCAACGGCGGUCGUGGCGCAGGUGGCUGGGUGCGAGGAUGCUGAGGAAGCGAUGAGGAAAGUCUCUGGAGUCGACGUUUUGGCGGAUCUGCUAGAUCCGUGCACCGGUUCGAGCGAGCGAAUCAAGGAGAACGCAGUGGCGGCGAUGCUGAAUCUAACAAGGUGCGGAGGGGAGCGAGCGCGGGAGGAGGUUGCGGCGGUGGUGGCGGCGGCGGGAAAGGAAGGGAUCAUGGACGUGGCGGAGAACGGUACUGCGAAAGGGAGGAGGAAGGCAGAGGAUCUGUUGAAGGUUGUUGCCUGCGGCAAUGGCGAUUCGCGGUUCGAUUAUCUGAUCAAACGAUCGGAAUAAUUCCAGUUGGAUGAUAUAAAUAUAUUUUGUUCGGGGUGACAGAUUCGUUCAUUGUUGUAAAUUUGGCAUUAGGUAAUGGUUUUUACUGUCAUACUUAAAGUUUCUUUUACCGUGUGAGAGUCUCAAUGUUCCACGCGUGUGCACCUCAUAUUUUUCGCAAGCCAAGCUCGCGAACCAA